UUAAUAGCUCUCCACGUCCUGUUGUUGUUGAGCCACUGGAACAAAGAGAUGAAGAGGAUGGCCUUCCAGAAAAAAAUUUCCAGAAAACAAAUAAGCAGUAUCUAAAGGAACGAGAAAUAGGACCUCGUUUAGCUGAACCUGGUACUUUUGAAUAUGAGUUUGCUAAUCGAUGGAAAAAACUGUAUGAAUUGGAGCAGCAAAAACGAGAACACUUAGAAAAAGAAAUAGAAGAAGGACGUCGUCAGCUUGAUGAGCAAAUGGAAUAUGCUAUUUAUGAACACGAGGCUAACUUGUUGAGAGAAAGAUUACGUCACAUGGAAGAACAGAGUAACAUCAUUCAACGAGAAAGAGAACUCAGACGGGAAGAAGAAAUGAGACGAGAAGAAGCACGUCGUCAACAGGAAAUGAUGCUUCGCCAACAGCAAGAAGAAAUUUUGCGUAAUGAUUUAAGACGAAGGCAAGAGGAGAGUAUGAUGAUGCCAGGUGGUGGUUAUGGGGACAUGAUGGAUAGGGAUGCAACCUUGCGUCAGAUGCCGAAUCCUGGUCCUAUGUCGCCAGGAAUGCCUGGUGAUCCUUUGACUUCAGCUGGUAGUGGCUAUGGUCCUAAUGGUAUGAUGCAAGGAGCUAGUAUGGGAAUGCCACCGCGUCAAUCACGAUUUGAUCAGCCACCAAUGGGUGCAACUUAUUCCCCAGGCGGAGAUCCAUUGAAUGAAAUGGGGGGUGUCCCUGCAGGAGGUCCUGGUGUAAGGGGUAGCAUGCGUGGUGCACCCAUGCCUCCUCAUGAAAUGCUGGAAAAUAUGGAUGAUUAUGGGAUGGAUCCCAAAAGACGACGAUAUUAAAAGACCAUAAGCAAAAAUGGACUUCUUGAUGUCAUUUUUCUUAUAUCUGACUAGCACUUAUACUUUCCAGUGUUGUGGUACGAACACUUUUAUGUUAGUGUUAGCCUGGUGCAACAAUGUUCCACUUCAGUCUCUAAGUAAUUUGUAACUUUAUUUGAAUAUCUCAAUCUUGUAAUUGGUGUAUGAACAAUAAAUUUCUUUUUAUUGUAUUA